AUGUUAUCCGAUCAAGUACUGUGUUCCCUCACAAUCUACAUAACACCAUAAACUACAUGCGACUUCACCGCCUGGAGAAAAAUAAAAGGCAUAUGUGGGCGGGUGCGUAGGUGUGACGUAAGACCGGGACGAUCGGAGCUCCGCUUACUACCUCGAGUUUAGGAGAUGUAGCGUUACGCUUAUAGGCUAUCCAUCUAUCUCACUCUAUCAUAUAGCAUACAAAUGCAAAAAAAAGACUUGAGUGAAGGGUAAAAGGGGAACACUAGAUUGGUCGAUUGCCAGGGAACUCGUGCCGCGGUUGAUUGGCAGGCAGGCUGGUUGGUGGCGCUCGUCCCUGUAACGUUAGUCGCAGACGACAGCUCAUCGCACCCAAGACCUGGAAAUAACCGGCGGACCGAAUGUGAAAGUAAGCAAAAAAGAACCUUGUGAUGUCGCCGUUAGAUUGGUCAACCCUGCGCUUCAUUAUGGGCAUGUGUUGUCUUCAGACAACUGCGGUGAGGAUGGAGGGGACCCCGGAGAAGCCAAAAGCCCCCCAUAAGAAAUACCGCAUCAAACUGAAGCUCCCAAAGUUAACGCAGUUGGCGCGUCCGAAGUUCAAACCAAAACGCAGCACCGAGCAGAGCGACUCUCUACCCGGCGCUGACCUGUUAGUAAGCGCUUCAGAGACACCUUUGAGCUUCGGGGAGCUGUUGGAUCAGUGUUCCCUUGCGGAGGCGAGCCGAUUGCUGAUCAACCGCGAGGACCAGCUCUUCAGACGGGUGUCGGCCGAACCAGACCCCAGGUCCCUGCAGCAGGCCCCAGGCUCUCAUGGAGGCGCUGAGGAAGAGAAGGGGGAAGACGAUGAAGAUGUUCUACAGAAGGACCUUGAGGCUCUGAUGUUUCGUGUGUGGUUGGUCGUCCACAGCACCAUAACCCCCCCUAGCUCCAACUCCUCCACCUCCACCUCCUCCUCCUCCUCCUCCUCCUCCUCCACUUCCUCCUUCUCCCAGGGUGACCUGCGCCUCCUGCAGAGUGCAGUGAGCGUCAUCCUCCAGCAGGAGGCGCAAGACAAAUGCUGGGAGGAGCAGCAGAAGAACGAGGAGCGUGGUGGGGGUAGCGAUGUGGGAGGAGGAGGUGGAGGAGGAGGAGGAGGAGGAGGAGGUGGGGCGAACCUUCCUGACUGGCGCCCGGUAGAGUGCCUUAAAACCCACAGGGAGCUGCUGGCCGUCAUGGUGGAGUCUAGGCUGAACAGCGCCGUCCCGCUGGACGGCGUCGGGGCGACCACCCUUUCCAGCGAGGCCAAGAAGGAGCUGUGUGGCCUGGGGAAGAGGCUGCAGGAGGACCUGCUCGUGGUGGUCCGGAAGGUGUCCCUCUGCUACCCAGAGGAGCUGGCCGUCGCCGAGCUCUACGCCGGCCUGUACCACCGCGGCUUCGCCAGCCGGCUGACCGCGCUGGCGCGCACCCCGCUGGGCCUGGACGACUGCAGCUACCUGCUCUUCUGGGUCAAUGACUACUACUCCAAGGCGAUCUUGAAGCACGAGGAGCUGCAGUCUGUCUUCACCCACGCUGAACUGGGAGCUCUGGUCCCUCAGAAGGAGCUGAACCAGCUGGAGGACCAGUACCUCACCCAUAAAGAGGGUCAGGUGGGGGCAUGGCUUGGUUCUGCCCUGGCCAGUGAGCAGAAGAGCUGGCAGAGAGGACCCGAGAAGAUGGACCUCUACUGGUUCAGCCCUCUAGCUGUGGACACGCUACAGAUAGUGGAGAGUGUUGUGUGUGAGGCUCGGUUGGUCCUCAGUGACCCGAGUAAAGCCCAGCGAAUCACAGCCCAGCUGCAGCCCUUCUUCACCAGCUACAGGAAGGCUUUGGAGGACUUCACCCGGCGUAACCAUGACAACGGCCCUGCGGUUGUGAAGGCCAACCUGGGCUGUAUCCAACAGUUCAGGAGCUUCCUGGAGAAGGAGGACAACGCCCUGUCAGGUGACCAGGGGGCAGGGCUGCAGAGCAGCGUGAGGGCCCUGGAGGACUGGGGAUACAGCGUCCUCACCGGCCCCAUACACCUGGAGACAAAGCCCCAGUACAGACUCCUAUGGUCCGGUUCCUGGCUGGCCAGGGCGGGUUGUGUUCUGGACGGACUGCUGGAAGCUCUGGACAGACAGCUGCGCCUCCACACUGACAUGAAGCCGGCCUGCCUGGAGGUCUUCCUCGGAAAGCUCCACGAGGAGGUGCUGAUGGAGUACGUGAAGAGGCUGAUGAAGGGGAAGGUGAUGAUGAGGAGCAAGGAGGAGCAAGAGGAGGCGGCUAAGUUGCUCUGUGACCAUGGCGACAAGAUCCAUGACUACUUCACCGAGGAGGGCUCCCCCAGGGCGGAGCUCCUCCCACUCCUCUCCAGAAUUGCAGAGGUGGUCCGCCUCCAGGAAAGAGAGAGUCUGCAGCUGGAAGUGGCUACCAUGGCGAUGCAUUACCCUGACCUCAGGAGCAGUCACGUUGCGGCUCUGAUGUCACUCAAGUUCAACCUUCUGGCUGCCGACGCCCGCAUUAUCAAAAAGAGCAUGCAGGACAUCCGUCCCCAGCAGCCCUCAACCGAUCACAUCUUAUUCUUCUCCAGAGUGCCUGUAAAGUGGAUCAACAAGAUCUAACCAUGACAACCAACAUAGCAAACCCUAACAUUCUGCACUUAAACAACUUCUACGCUGUGUAUCUUUAAGUGUUUCUUUCCUCCGUUGGGGUUGACAGCUGACGAAUAGGGAAGUGCAACUAAGUGCUAAGUGAUUAUCACUCACGUGCUGACAGCUUCCUUCCCGGAAAUUCUGUUGAUAUUUAAAUGUUGGUGUUUGUUUCCUCUGUUUGGGUGGACCACUAAUGAAUAGGAAGUGUGCCAAUGCGCUACACGAUCAUCAUUCACGUGCUGACAGCCCUUUCGAAUAAGUGCUACGGCAUUUUAAAGAUUGCGUGUUGUGCAUGUAGCUGUAUUCUGUGUUCACUAUUUACUCCCUGGUCACCUAGCACGUUCUAACUUCAUUCACUGCAAAAAUCACGCGUCAAAGAUUUUUAGACUUACAUUUUUAAUUAGUAUUUGGAGCACAAUAUACAGUUCGAGUUGGAACACCUUGACUAUAGUAUUGGCAGCCAGGAUCAUUUGGGUUCAUCUGGAUUUCGUUAUUCAUAUCCAGACACUGGCAGUGAUCAGUAAUGUCACAACGGUCAACAUUCUUUUACACUCACCACAGCGCCCCCGCUUUAAAGGGCAAGUCUGCAUUAGAGGCACAGUAUUUAUAUCACAGGAUCUCACAAGUUAAAGUGGUAUUUCAUCUCUGAAUUAUGGCUGUGAUAUGUAGCUCAUUGCAGACUUUGAUGUGUAGUGAGUUAUAUUAUCUUUAAAUGAUGUGUUAUUUAGAACAGCUGCGUUUUAAAGUAUGUGAUUGCAAUGGUUGUAAUGUGUUUUGUUGUGCCGUAAGGGUGGGUAAUGAAUGGACUAUUCAAGCCUGGCUUUUGUCAGGGUUUGGUCAAAGAGGUAGGAUGAGGCUAGAGGACAGUGUUUUGGGUAGCUAUGCCCAGUGUUACAGGCUUGUAUCAUAGUCAUGUUUGUAUUGCUAUUGUGUUGGUCUUCAUGUACAAUGUAUGUGAGAUAAAAUAAAACAUAAAACCUUGAUGGACUGCCUGACUACGGUACCCUACGACAGCUUUAUAUUUAUACAUACAGUAUACCAUUAACCUGUACCUGAAUUCAGUCAGGAUGAAAUCGUUAAUAGCCGACCAUGUGUGUGAA